AAGUGCAAGUUCCACCAACAAAUUUGCGAAAUUGCGCCAGAAGCGCUAUAAAGGCGCCAAAAAAAGCUUCUUUUAGCGAAUUGGCAUUUCAAAUUUGUUCGGCACAAGGGAAGAAGGUCCUUCAUUUUAUUCGUGAAAACGCUGUAUACUAAGAAUUGAUAGUGUUAUGUCAACUGAAGUGCUUAAGAAAAAAUUAGAGGAAUACGAACAACCAUCGCCAAAGAAAAUGAAGAUUGACUCAAAGUGUGUUCUUCGAUUUGCCAAGUUGACUGAGCAUGCUCUGGCCCCAGUACGAGGAUCGGAGCGCGCUGCCGGCCUUGACUUGCGUAGCGCCUACGAUUUGAAAGUACCAGCGCGUGGUAAGGCGAUUGUGAAGACUGAUUUACAAGUUCAGGUGCCAGAAGGCUCAUAUGGUCGAGUUGCUCCACGUUCCGGUCUGGCAGUUAAGAAUUUCAUUGAUGUUGGUGCGGGCGUCGUAGACGAAGACUACCGUGGGAACUUGGGUGUUGUUUUAUUUAAUCAUUCGGAUUCUGACUUCGAGGUGAAACGUGGUGAUCGCAUUGCACAGUUUAUUUGUGAGCGCAUAUUCUAUCCUGAAUUGGAGGAAGUGGAUAAACUUGAUGAUACUGAUCGUGGAGCUGGUGGUUUCGGUUCGACUGGAGUAAAGGAGGUUCCUGUCAAAAAUGGCAAUACAACAGCGGAAUCUGAGGAGAAAACAGCUGCACAAGAACCUGUGAAAGUGGCGGAAUCUAAAGUAGACGCUGUCACAACAGCAGACACUGAAGAGGUUGAAAAAAAGUCUGAGAAUAAAUCUUAGAGGCCGCCCACAGUAGUACGGCUACUGUCACCUCCUCACACAAGGUGGAGCCUGUUUUUGUUGAUGGCCGAGAAUUCAUACUCUUGUCCUUGGUCAGUUAACAUAGAAAUACAUAUGUAUGUGUGUUUUCAUUGCAAAAAGUAUUUUAAAAUUAAAUGUUUCCCGUAAUGCGGGCAUAUUGUCAAAAUGA